CCAAUACUAAUCUGCCACAUAGACAUAUACAUCAAUAACAGCCACCCUUGUUUGUAUUUUGUCUUACAUUCCGGCAUUAAACCGGCACAACGAAGAUGGCUGGUGUCGCCCCUGGAAAGACCUUUACUCCAGGCUUGGACUUCAGCGGACAGUCUUACAGCAAUCUCGCGAAGAAAGCCGAAGCCGAUGUCUCACGGGCCAAUGAGAUUAUCAAGGAGAAGCUCCCGCUUCUCAGUGAGCUCAAGGCUCUGCUUCAGAUCAGCUUUGGGGACCACCCUCCCUUUUUCAUCGACGCACGAUCUGGCACGGCGUGUAUCCUUGCUUCGACUGACGACGAGCCUGACACGAAGCUUAACAUUAAGCCUGAGUACAUUGCACAGUUCUACGACGGCAAGCUUGAGCCACGAUACGGACUGUUCAAGGAUGCGUUCUUCAACGAGGCGUCCAUGCCCUCGGGCAGCAUCCCCGUGGCCAUCAAGUUCGCCGAUCUGCUGACCCCGAACCCACCUGUGCCGCCAAAGCAUGCCGAUGCGUUCACGCGGCUGCCACAGCCAACCGAGGACAUGGAGCAGGUCAAGCGGGACAUCAAGGAGUUCGGAUACGGCCUUGUCAAGAACGUCCUGACACCCGAGCAAUGCGCCAUCAUGAAGAAGGCCGUGCAGGAACAGGCCGCAGGCGAGCGCGAGGCGGGCAUCGCGCAGAUGGACGGCGGACCCAAGGGCCCCAACCAGCGGCUCUGGACGCUGGUGAACAAGGGUGAGGACUUCCUUGACCUGCUCAACCACCCCAUCAUCGACGAGAUGGUCCCGUGGUUCCUGGGCGAGCACGCCAUCAUCACGACGUACACGGCCAACAUCGCGCGGCCUGGCAACUUGCCCAUGCAGCUGCACACGGACCAGGUCGCCGUGCAGCCGCCGGUCCGCGACCUGGCCUUUGGCAUGAACAUCAUGUUCUACCUGGCGGACGUGACCGAGGCGAACGGCGGGACGCGCGUGUACCCGGGGUCCCACCUGGGGCAGGUCGCGCCGCCCGACAUCUUCACGGUGGAGGGGACGGCGGCGGCGGCGGCCCCGGCCGGGUCGGCGCUCGUCUUCGAGAGCCGGCUGUGGCACGCGACGGGGCCCAACCGCGAGGCCGCCGGCGAGCGCCCCGUCAUCCUGCUCUUCUUCAUGCGCUCCUUCGUCCGCCAGCAGGAGAACAACUUCCUGUCGCUGCGCAAGGAGGUCUGGCCCAAGCUGUCCGACCGCGUCAAGCGCAUGCUGGGCUUCUACACCACGGGCGCGCUCGGCGGCGUCGACGGCGAGGUGAGGGAAGGCAUCUUUGUCGAGUGGAAGGAGGGAGUCGGCAAAAUGCGUGCGCCUCAUAAGCCCUGGGAGGGGUAGUUGAUAGAGGGUGGUACUUGAGUAGGUCGUCGACAUGAGCAGUGGAGCCAUGUUGAACUUGUGGAGAUUGAAAGAGCUCAAGUGAUAGCUAAGUAAUUCAUGAAAUUCUUAUUUCCUCACGUUUCAUUGGUAUAGGAAACAGGCACAUGUACAAUGAUGUGUUUUAUUGUAUUGAUGAACUUCGUCUGGUCUGUUCAUGUUUUAUUUUCCCUAAAUAUACAUCUUAUGCGUGUUUCUAUGCUUGGUUUCAUUUUGUCUAUUCCAAUCAAAUACAGACCCCAACUUGAAUCGUCAUAGCCAUCGUCG